AUGCCGUUAACAUCACGUUCACCUUACGACAGUAAAACACUACUUGCUAAAUAUUAUGAUUUACCUCAACCUGAUGACAAAAUUCAAGUUAUGUACGUAUGGAUAGACGGAAGUGGAGAAAAUUUACGCUGCAAAACGAUGACUUUACAAGAAGAACCACAAGUUCCAGAAGACUGUCCAAUGUGGAAUUUCGAUGGGAGUAGUACGGGUCAAGCUGAAGGUUCCAACUCUGAUGUUUAUUUAAAACCUUGUGCAAUGUUCCGUGAUCCAUUUCGUGGUGGUAAAAAUAAAUUAGUUUUAUGUGAAACUUAUAAUUACGAUAAGAAACCACAUGUUUCAAAUCAUCGUUAUCUUUGUAAUCUUGUCAUGGAGAAAGCAAAAUCUCACCAACCAUGGUUCGGUAUUGAACAAGAAUAUGCUCUAUUAGACAUCGAUGGUUAUCCAUUACAAUGGCCUAAAAAUGGUUUUCCUCCACCUCAAGGACCUUAUUAUUGUUCUGUUGGAGCUGGUAAAGCACUUGGUCGUGAUAUACCAGAAGCUUUAUACAGAGCAUGCAUGUAUGCAGGAGUUAAAAUUUGUGGUAGCAAUGCAGAAGUUAUGCCAUCACAAUGGGAAUUUCAAGUUGGACCAUGUGAAGGUGUCUCAGCCGGUGAUCAUUUAUGGAUGGCUAGAUUUAUAUUACAUCGUGUAGCUGAAGACUUUGGAGUGAUUGUUUCACUAGACCCGAAACCAAUGCCUGGGAACUGGAAUGGUUCAGGAGCGCAUACAAACUAUUCAACUCGGGCUAUGAGGGAUCCAAAAUCAGGUUUACAAGCAAUAGAAGAUGCUAUUGAAAAACUAUCACAUAAGCACAUGGAACACAUUCAAUGCUAUGAUCCUAAACAUGGUUUAGACAAUCAAAGACGUUUGACUGGUAGUCAUGAAACAAGCAGUAUUAAUGAUUUUUCAUCUGGUGUUGCAAAUAGAGGUAGUAGUAUACGUAUUCCAAGACAAGUUGCUGAAAAUGGUUGUGGUUAUUUGGAAGAUAGACGUCCGUCAUCCAAUUGUGAUCCAUACAUGGUCACCAGAAUGUUAGUAGAAACAACAUGUCUUUAA